AUGAGCAAUCCAAAAAUAAUCGUGUCCAAGUCUUCUUCCGAGUCGUUCGAUUCAUCGUCGUUUGAAGAUGAGAAUGAGGACGAGGAGGGGGUAGCAUUGAAUAGUAUUCCUCAACCUAUUCCACUUGACACAAUCGUCCCUGUUCGCGAUCCCGAACCCGAGCUGAGUUGGGAUUCGAGCCAAAGAAGCAUACAGGCUAGACUAGAAUGGCUCGCAAAGUCGCAACGAUCUUCCCGGGGGCUAGAAGUCAUGGAUGGCGGCUACCUUGUGGAACGACCUUGCGACGUUUCCACCGCAUCCGGAGUAUACAACAACAGCGCUCACCAAACAACCAAUAUCGAGGAUCCGCUGAGUACAUCUGGUUCAGAGCAAGAAAACGCACAAUUUGUGUCUCCUUCAACAGAAGAAAAUAGUCCGGAAGGUGAUCCCUUAUUGCUCGUGGACGGAUCCAAUCAGGUCAAGAGCAAAGCAGCCUCCGGGGAGAAACGCCCAGGCUUUUUCGAUCGCUGUGUGGAUCAUAUGAAUAUCAUGGUCCAGUCCAAGAAUUUUCUUGUGUGCGUUGUGUUCGCCAUUUUGCUCCUCAAUGGGCUUGGAAUUGCGUUGGCAUUUUUUGCACUCAAGAAACAGCCUUCCCCUCCUGGAACGGACAACAAUGAAAUUGGUGACAACAGCUGGAAUUCCAACUCUACUUUUCCGCCAGUGACUCCCCCCCCUAACCUCUCUCUCCCGACCGCACCAACCUGGUAUCCAGCACCAUCGCCCAACUUGAACCCGUAG